GAGCCAUGGAGAUUGCCAUGGGGGCCAUCGGCCCUCUCCUCCCAAAGCUUACAAGCCUGCUCGUCGGUGAGUUCACCUUGGAGAAACGAGUGAAGAAAGGCAUUGAGUCUCUCGUGACAGAGCUCACAUUGAUGCAUGCCGCCCUCCGCACUGUGGCGAAAGUGCCGCCGGAAGAGCUCGGUGAGGGGGUCAAGAUUUGGGCAGGAAAGGUGAAGGAGUUAUCCUACCAAAUGGAAGACAUCAUUGACACCUUCAUGGUUCAUGUGGAGGGUGGUGGUGAGGCUGCCAACCCGAAGAACAGAGUCAAAAAUUUGCUCAAGAAGACCAUCAAAUUAUUCAAGAAGGGAAAGAGUCUGCAUGGGAUAUCUGAUGCUCUAGAAGAAGCGGUUGGUCAGGCUAAACAAUUGGCUGAGCUGCGUCAAAGGUAUGAGCUUGUGCAUCAAACCCCUGUUAGUGCUAGCAUUGAUCCUCGUGUCAUGGCUUUAUACAAAGAUGUGACAGAGCUCAUUGGCAUUGAAGAUACACGUGAUGAGUUGAUCAACAUGUUGAUUGGGGGUGAUGAUUGGUUAAACCAUCCGCUGAAGGUGAUCUCUAUUGUUGGAUUUGGUGGGUUAGGCAAGACAACUCUGGCCAAAGCAGCGUAUGAUAAAAUCAAAGUGCAAUUUGAUUGUAGUGCUUUUGUUUCAGUUUCUCAGAAUCCUGACAUGAGGAAAAUUUUGAAGGAUAUUCUCUUUGAACUUGACAAGAACAAAUAUGCAAACAUUUAUAAUGCAGUAAGGGAAGAAAAGCAUCUCAUUGACGAGCUCAUUGAAUUCCUUAAUAACAAGAGGUACCUCAUCGUAAUUGAUGACAUUUGGGAUAAAAAGGUGUGGGAGGUAAUCAAGUGUGCCUUUUCAAAGAAAAGCUUUGGAAGCCGGCUAAUCACAACAAGUCGUAUUGUCAGUGUGUCAGAAGCAUGUUGUUCUUCCGGUGAUGAUAUUUACAGAAUGAGAGCUCUUUCUAAUGAUGUAUCGAGGAGACUCUUCUAUAAAAGAGUAUUUUCUCAUGAACAAGGAUGUCCUCAAGAGUUUUUGCAAGUAUCUGAAGAUAUCUUAAAGAAAUGUGGUGGGGUACCAUUAGCUAUUAUUACUAUAGCAAGUCUUCUAGCUAGCAAUUGUCAAAUUAAAACAAAGGAUCAAUGGCAUGGUUUGCUCAAUUCCAUUGGGCAUGGUCUUACAGAAGAUCGCAGUCUAGAGGAGAUGAAGAAGAUAUUAUUAUUUAGCUAUUAUGACCUACCAUUUCAUUUGAAGCCUUGCUUGUUAUAUCUAAGUAUCUUUCCAGAAGAUCACAAGAUUAUGAGAGAUGAGCUUAUAUGGAGGUGGAUAGCGGAAGGCUUUGUUUACAGUGAAAAACAAGAAGCUAGUUUAUAUGAGCUCGGUGAUUCUUAUUUUAACGAGCUUAUAAAUAGAAACAUGAUCCAGCCAAUUGACAUCAAUGAAGAUGGAAGGGUAGAAGCUUGUCGUGUGCAUGACAUGGUGCUUGAUACCAUAUGUUCCUUGUCUAGUGAAGAAAACUUUGUCACUAUAUUGGAUGGUACUAGGAGAAAUGUGCCCAUCUCACAAAGCAGGGUUCACAUAUUAUCCAUCCAGAAGGGCAAUGUAGAUGUGGCUACCACCAACAUGGCACAAGUGAGGUCUGUUACUGUUUUUGAAAAUGAUAAUGUUCACCACAUGCCGCUUGUUUCAAGUUCAAGAGUUCUGCGUGUAUUGGCUUUGGAGGACUGCACUGUUUCAGAUAUUGGCUAUGUUGGUAGUUUGGUACACUUGAGGUAUCUGAGAGUAGGAAGUAAGAAUAUUAAAAAGCUCCCAGUGGAUAUAGGAAAGCUAUAUUUUCUGCAAACACUGGAUUUGAGAGGAACUUGCAAUUUAGAAAAUUUACCAUCAAGCAUUGUUUCCUUGAGAAAUCUGAAGUGCCUAUAUAUCAAUGGACGUACAGAGUUGCCUUCUGGGAUGGACAACCUGACAACCCUAGAAGUGAUACAUGGACUGCAGGUGGGCCACGCGUGGAAUGAAAACCAUAACCUGGACAUUGUGAAAGAGUUGUGCCAUCUGACCAAGUUGAGGGUGCUCAUGUUUAUUUGGAGCUGUAUGCAUGAAAGCACGAAAAAAGCUUUAAUGGAAUCCCUGAGUAAUUUGCAUAAUUUGGAAAGUCUACAUAUUAAGCCCUAUAAUGAAAGCUUUGAUCCAGUGGACGAAGGCUGGGUGCCCCCUCCUCAGCUCCGUAGAUUAUCUUUUGCGGGACUAGGCUCGUUCCAGACACUGCCGGCAUGGAUUAAUCUGUCAUCGCUUCAUCUCCUCUCCUGCCUCUCCUGCCUGGUGAUAGAAGUGUUUGAAGUCCGACCGGAGGACAUUCGGCUCCUUGGUAUGCUGCCCACUCUUCGUUAUCUCAACUUUGAGAUAAAUGCCAUCGAGAGCUUAUCACAACAGGGUGCAGUGGAGAUGUUGGUGGUUACUGCCGAUGCGUUCCCACAUGCGACAAAGUUAUCCUUCAGAAAUAUACCUGUGUUGCCAUCCACAUUUCCGCGAGGAGCUGCGCCAAGGCUGAAGCACCUUGAGUCCGGCUUCCCAGCUAGAUGGAUCAGCCGUGACGACUUGGAUUUAGGCAUGGGGCACCUCCCUUCCCUCGAGAAUGUCGAGUUCGAGCUUUGGUAUGAAGAAUCCAGCGAUUCAGAGGUGAAUGAAGCAGAGGAAUCUACCAAUUCGGAGGUGAAUAAAGCAGAGGUUGCGUUGAAGGCUGCAGCGAGUGACCAUCCCAACCGUCCUGACCUUCAUAUCGAUAGGAGCACUUUUUGGUAAUGUUUGCACAUCGAGAAAGCUUCAGGCGGAGGAAGAUACCAAUUAAUGCUGCAUGUGCUGAGGAGAACUAACAUGUUCCAUCGACAUGGCUUCGAUCGUACCAGCCUAGCUCCAAGUCUUCCGCUGCUUCCGUUCCAACAAAGACGGCCAAAACCACUGCACUUACCUAGCUGUCUGAACCGUCUUCCUUCUGCGACGAGAUGAAGCUCUCAUUCUGUCCACUCAUGCCUGAAUAUUCUUCUAGCUUCCGUCAAUUGAUUCAAGAACCAUUCAAGUUUCUUCCUUCAAAAUUGGUCAGGUGUUUAUUUAUAACGUUGUACUCCUGGCUUGUCUGUGUACUUUAAUCACUCGCUCCGCUGCUUUCUUCCCAGCAGCUUGUAACCCAAUUUUUAUUCAAGAAUCAAGAUUCAUCAGCAUUGAGUUGGUGACAUCAU